CCCAAAAGAGUACUACUUCAGUAAAAUCAGGGCACCCAGGGUUUUACCUGAAAUGCAAUAAUAAUGGUUAGGUGUGUGUGUGUGAGGUUGUAGAGGAUGGGAAAAAGGCACAGGGAGUAAUGCAUUGGUGAUGGGUUUUCUACAUGAAGAAGAGCCGGUGAGGGAGGUAGAGAGGAGGGAGGGUAAGAGGGAGUGUGUGUGUGAGAAGGGUAAGGAGGUAGAGAGGAGGGUAAGAGGGAGUGUGUGUGAGAAGGGUAAGGAGGUAGAGAGGAGGGUAAGAGGGAGUGUUUGUGAGAGAAGGGUAAGGAGGCAGAGAGGAGGAUAAGAGGGAGUGUUUGAGAGAAGGGUGAGGAGGUAGGGAUGGAGGGAA